AUGGAACCGAAUUUCAUCUCUGACAAACUGAGUGUUCAAAAUCUUGGUGCUCCAACUAAGAACUGUGAUUCCCCAGUACCCAGACUUGAUGAUCCUCCGAAAUUUGAUUUGGAGUCAUACAUCGGGAAUUAUGGUGGUAUGUUAUCUCGGACCUUUUUAUCACGACUUAUACGUGGUAACGAGAUUGGUAACCUCACUUUAGGAAGGACGAGAUUUCACCGCCUUCAUUUUAUUGGCACACAUUCGACUUACCUGUCUGUCGAAGCGUUGAAAUUGGCCAUCGCCGAAGCCCGCGGUGGAAAGGAUGUAACAAAUUAUCAGAAAGCCGUGGAAGCCCUCACCAAGGUUGCACCUUCUGAGGCCGAGGCUUCUAUAGAUACCGAGUGGAUUGAACAGACUUUGAAAGAUGUGCAGGCUGAUACGGAUAGGCUUGAGCAUGAAUUGAAAGGAUACAAGAAUAACCUCAUUAAGGAAAGCAUUCGAAUGGGCAACGAGGACUUGGGUCAACAUUAUCACGAAACUGGUGAUCUAAACGCGGCAUCUAAAGCCUAUUCACGCAUGCGAGAUUACUGUACUACGACAUCCCAUAUUGCUUCCAUGCUGUUCAAGAACAUCCACGUUGCAGUUGACCGUGAGGACUGGCUUGCCGUUCAGUCUAAUUGCCAUCGCCUCCGCAAUUUUCAAUUUAAACCGGAUGACGAGACCAAAAACAAGGCAAAAAUGUGGGCAUCACUUGGGCUAUCGCAGUUAGCAACGGGAGCUUAUUAUGAUGCUGCCACGAGCUUUCUGUCGACUGAUUCUAGCUUGGCCGAUAGUUAUAAGGAGGUGAUAUCCCCGAACGAUGUUGCCGUUUAUGGAGGACUUUGCGCACUGGCAUCAAUGUCUCGCACGGAUCUCAUCAAACGCGUGAUGGAAAAUAAGUCCUUCCGAAAUUUCCUUGAGCUUGAACCCCAUAUUCGACGAGCAAUCUCCUUCUUUUGUGGCUCGAAGUUUCGGUCAUGCUUAGAUAUCCUAGAAAGUUAUCGUGUUGAUUAUUCCCUCGACGUUCAUUUACACCGGCAUGUACGCGAUCUCUACGCUCAGAUUCGUACAAAAGCGAUGCGACAAUAUAUCCUACCUUAUCGCCAGAUCACCUUGACAUCCAUGGCUAGUAUGUUUUCUCCGAAUGAAAUGAUAGCCGACGCCAAUGGGACCACGAACCUUAGCUCUUCGUUUUUGUUAGAGCUGAUUGGGCUCGUUCAAAAUGGCACCCUCGAUGCACGUGUGGAUUUGGAAAAGGGAGUUCUUGUUACACGGCAAACAAACAAACGCCGAGAAAGUCAUAAAAGAACUAUGGAGAGUAUUGAAGAGUAUUUACACAUUUCCAAUUUGCAAUUAUUGCAAUUGAACAUGUGGCAUGCCAGCUUGAAAGUGCCAGAAAUUCAACAACAUGAUUCAGACACUCUGGGGCAGCAAGUUGAACCCCAUGAAGAGCUUAGCACAAAAACCUGGAAAACACUGACUGAUAAAUUCCAAAGAAACAUUAAACAGUAG